GCUGAGAAAAGGGAGGUUGGAGGGCGGGCCUUUCCUCCUGGAAACGCUCGCUGGCCUCGGACUGAGCGUUCACCUCCACCCCAAGGCGUUUCUGCCUCCCUCAGGCCUGCUAUUGCGGAGCAGGCCGCGCCCGCUGCCAUGGCAACGGCGCGCGGCGUGUGUUGUUGCGGGCUUCUCUGCUGCCGCCUCAGCGAGGCCUGGGCGCCCAAACCGGAGCCAUGGCUUCCCCGACCCUCCGGCCUCUGGCCGCGCCGAGCCUCCUGCUCCCCUCCGUCGGGGAGAAAAGAAGGCCGCUCUCCCCUUCCCCGGGCCUCGAGGAGACUUGGGAGGGCGAACUGGGCGGCUUCGAACAGGGAAAUCGUGUGAAAUCUGUGGACCUUAAUCAUGUUAUCAAACUGCUUGAAGAACCAGAAUCAAGUACUACAGAAGAACAGCUCCAAGUGCUAGAGAAGGUUGCAAAACGUUAUCGAUAUGGGAUUCUUCUUAACGAUAUAGCACAAAUUUCUAAAAUUUUAAACUUAUGUGCAGAAAGAAGUCACAUAGACAUAGUUUUUAUUGAACCUACAUGUGAAAUUCUUAAAUUAUAUGGGUUACCUUUUUCCAAGAAGAAGUUAUCUGAUGAAGUAACCUAUGCCAAAGAAGUUCAAGAAGCAAUAUCACAACUGGGUUGUCUGAUGAGAGUGCCUUGUUCUCAAGUAAGGAUACAGAUCUGUAAAAGUAUUAUUAACUUUUACCAUGCGGAGCCACCAAAGAAAGAAUUUCAAGUUUACCAACCUGUAAGUGCAAACUAUAAAAAACAUAUGGUGGAAUUAGGAGGCUUAGCAGAAACUUUGGUCUUGUCACUCACGUUAGUUGAAAAUCAACUUACUGAGAAAUUAUGGAUAAUUAAAACUCUGCAGCAUCUUUCCAUUUCUGAAACAAACUGCCAGCUUAUGAUGAAAGCUCAAGCACCAAUAAGGUUGUGUUCUCAUCUGAACGAUGUUGAUCCCACUGGGCAGCUGUUAUUCCGUUCCUCCGAAAUCCUCUGGAAUUUAUUGGAAAAUACAUCAAGGAAUGAAAUUAUUGAUCAGCUUAAUAACUUGGAAUGUGUACAAGCUCUGAAAGAAGCAUUUACACACUUACUUUUACAUAGUUCCCGCCAUUAUGAUCGUCAACUAAGAAAUGACAUUUUGGUGAUAGCCACCCUUGUAGCUCAGAACUCAGGAACACCAAUGAUUGAAACUGGAUUUGCCAAGCAAUUAAUACUGUUUGCCACCUUUACUGAAGUUAAAAGUCAUAAUCCCUUGGUAAAAGGCCUCAAGAUUACUUCCUCUUACGAAGAUUUUGAGUUGAAGAAACUGCUGCUUAACAUGCUUACUGUUCUAGCAAACGAUUUAUGUUCUGUGCAGCUGCUUCAUGAGGGUAAAGUUAUUUUGGCUUUGUUUUAUUAUCUAAAACCAAAUGAAAAGACGGGAUCAGUUGGCAUGUCUGCAGCACAGUUUGAAGAGUUACAGCUUCUAGCAAUUGCUACUUUAGCCACAGUGGCUCCCUUGCUAGUAGAAGACUACAUGACGAACUAUGGAAAUACACGCCUUCUCAUGUUCCUAGAGUGGUGCUUGAGUAAUGCACCCUUCUUUGCUCAAGGUAACAGUUUUCAUGGUACAGGUGGUCGUGGCACCAAACUUGCCCAGAUGCGGUAUUGCCUAAAAGUGCUGAAUCCUGUUGUAUCACUUUGUGAUGAGGCUGUGAAUCUUGAUCUUUGUGAUAAUGGGGCAAUUCAUCAGCUAUUAGAUAUCCUAAAGAAAACCACAAGCAAAUAUGAAGAAGAUGCCAUUGUGCUGGAAAUUCAGACUGAUGUUUUCCUUAUCCUAUCAAAUCUUUGUGAAAAUAAUACUCAUAGAAAGGAACUCUUUGGAUGGGAUGGAAUAGAUAUACUUAUUCCAUUUUUGAAGAUGGAUGCCAAGAAAUUAUACAGUGGAUUGGGUCACAAUCGUCUACUUUUUAGUGCUCUGGACUGUUUAUGGUGCUGUGUCUUGGGGUGUAUCAUUUUAGAGGACUAUUUUCUUGAAAGAGAAGGAAUCUUCACUCUCCUUGAUUUGUUGAUGCUAGAUCAGAAGAAUGUGUGCAAUUUGGUUCUUGGACUAUUAGUUGAAUUUUGUGACAACCCUAAAACUGUUUCCCAUAUCAAUGCUUGGCGAGGGAGGAAAGGCCAAACAGCAGCAAGUAUGUUAAUAAAUUUGUGGAGACAAGAGGAGGAGGACAUGGGAGUAAAACAUGAUAAAGUUGGCAAAAUUGUUGACACAAAGAAGCCAUUAAUGAGCCAGUUCCAGAAAACCCAAGAAGUGAUUCCAAUGCCUGCCAAUUGUCCCACUAUUGCCAUAAUGGAUGUUGCUGAAAACAUGAGAGCCAAGAUUUAUUGUAUCAUUUGUAAACUAGGUUUUGAAAAUUUGCCUGGCCUAACCACGAAGGAUUUUGUCACACUUGCUAUCAUACGUAGAUAUCUUGACUUCAAGGUUGGUGAAGUCUGGAGUGAAAUAUGUGCAGAACUUAAAAAAGAAAAUUUCAAACCAGUCACUCCUGACCCAGAAGUAUUGCAGGUUGUUACUGAAGCAUUUGAAAAUGUUGGAAAGAUGGUGCUUUCCCUUCAGACUGAAAUGCUAGAAAGCCAGAAAUACCAGGAAAUUCAGGAGGAAGAAAAAUGUUAUGCUAAGAUUCAUUCACUUCAUAAGCAAAGGGAAAUGGUCAGCAAGUCUUGGGAAAAUUUCUUAACUCGGACAUCAAAUUAUGAGGCUUUAAAGCAAGCAAAAAGACUUCAGGAAAAAUCCAUAGAAAUUUCUAGAUCAAAAGUGAAGUCAUUUAAGGCAACACUCCAUCCAACUGACAUUAAAGGCCUAAAUACAACUAUUGCAUCUGGUCGCCUAGUAACAGUGGAAAGUACACCUUCUGAAUUGACUGGAGGCCCACUGGCUGAUACAGAUCUUGCACUUAAAAAGCUCCCUAUUCGUGGAGGAGCUUUAAAAAGCAUCAAAGAGGUUAAAGUAAUAGAAUCAUUCAAAAAAGGUUCAGUAUCUGUAAAAUAAAUAUUCCCCAUACUGUUCUAGACAGCUCUCUUAUAUUUUUUAAAUUAACGUGUGUGUAUGCAUGUAUGUGUGUAUAUAUAUAUAAGCACCUAUUUGUGCCACACUGGGAAAUAUAGUUAUUUUUAAAUAGCUUUUUUGGCUCUAUUAAUAAUGCGGACAUCAUGAUGCUAUUGAAUAAAUUCAAUGCAUGUCAAAA